GCGGGCUCCCGGCGGUGGCGGCGGGGAGCGCGCGGGAGGCCAGCGGGCCCAGCGCGGCCGCCUGUCGGGCCCGCCGGGCCGGCUGCCCCUGAGCAGGUCGGCCAGAGCCGGGUGCCUAGCGUGCCUGGGGCUCCGGAGCGGGUCCUCCGGCCCCGAACUCCGCUCUCAGUUGUCGCAGAAUCUAGUUAAACUCGGACAGGGACUCCUGCGGCGGCCGCCUCUCCUCUUUGUUGUUCUUGGAGUAAUACUGUCCCUCCCAAUCGAGCGUAUCAGGUCGGCUGGAGUGAGUGUAUUGCCUUAGGUCUAAAUGAAAGUUGUAAAUGGUUAUCCUGAAUACCACAUGUUUAACAAUUUCCCUUGCAACAUUAGCCGUUGUUUUUCACUGCCUCCAAAAGAUCAAAAUUGCUCUGAAAAUUGGAGACAUAUUUGAUUUAAAAGAAUAACUUUAACAAAUGGACAAUAUGUCUAUUACAAAUACACCAACAAGUAAUGAUGCCUGUCUGAGCAUUGUACAUAGUUUGAUGUGCCAUAGACAAGGUGGAGAGAGUGAAACAUUUGCAAAAAGAGCAAUUGAAAGUUUGGUAAAGAAGCUGAAGGAGAAAAAAGAUGAAUUGGAUUCUUUAAUAACAGCUAUAACCACAAAUGGAGCUCACCCUAGCAAAUGUGUUACCAUACAGAGAACAUUGGAUGGGAGGCUUCAGGUGGCUGGUCGGAAAGGAUUUCCUCAUGUGAUUUAUGCUCGUCUCUGGAGGUGGCCUGAUCUUCACAAAAAUGAAUUAAAACAUGUUAAAUAUUGUCAGUAUGCAUUUGACUUAAAAUGUGAUAGUGUUUGUGUGAAUCCAUAUCACUAUGAACGAGUUGUAUCACCAGGAAUUGAUCUCUCAGGAUUAACACUGCAGAGUAAUGCUCCAUCAGGUAUGUUGGUGAAGGAUGAAUAUGUUCAUGACUUUGAGGGUCAGCCAUCAUUAGCCACUGAAGGGCAUUCAAUUCAAACCAUCCAGCAUCCACCAAGUAAUCGUGCAUCGACGGAGACAUACAGCACCCCAGCUCUGUUAGCUCCAUCUGAGUCUAAUGCGACCAGCACCACCAACUUUCCCAACAUUCCUGUGGCUUCCACAAGUCAGCCUGCCAGUAUACUAGCAGGCAGCCAUAGUGAAGGAUUGUUGCAGAUAGCUUCAGGGCCUCAGCCAGGACAGCAGCAGAAUGGAUUUACUGGUCAGCCAGCUACUUACCACCAUAACAGCACUACCACCUGGACUGGAAGUAGGACUGCACCAUACCCACCUAAUUUGCCUCACCACCAAAACGGCCAUCUUCAGCACCACCCACCUAUGCCGCCCCAUCCCGGACAUUACUGGCCAGUUCACAAUGAGCUUGCAUUCCAGCCUCCAAUUUCUAAUCAUCCUGCUCCUGAGUAUUGGUGUUCCAUUGCCUACUUUGAAAUGGAUGUUCAAGUAGGAGAGACGUUUAAGGUUCCUUCAAGCUGUCCUAUUGUUACUGUCGAUGGAUAUGUAGACCCUUCUGGAGGAGAUCGCUUUUGCUUGGGUCAACUCUCCAAUGUCCACAGGACAGAAGCCAUUGAGAGAGCAAGGUUGCACAUAGGCAAAGGUGUGCAGCUGGAAUGUAAAGGUGAAGGUGAUGUUUGGGUCAGGUGCCUUAGUGACCAUGCAGUCUUUGUACAGAGCUACUACUUAGACAGAGAAGCUGGGCGUGCACCUGGAGAUGCUGUUCAUAAGAUUUAUCCAAGUGCAUAUAUAAAGGUCUUUGAUUUGCGUCAGUGUCAUCGUCAGAUGCAGCAGCAGGCGGCUACUGCACAAGCUGCAGCAGCUGCCCAGGCAGCAGCCGUGGCAGGAAACAUCCCUGGCCCAGGAUCAGUAGGUGGAAUAGCCCCAGCUAUCAGUUUAUCUGCUGCUGCUGGAAUCGGUGUUGAUGACCUUCGUCGCUUAUGCAUACUCAGGAUGAGUUUUGUGAAAGGCUGGGGACCUGAUUACCCAAGGCAGAGCAUCAAGGAAACACCUUGCUGGAUUGAGAUUCACUUACACCGGGCCCUCCAGCUCCUAGAUGAAGUACUUCAUACCAUGCCUAUUGCCGACCCACAGCCUUUAGACUGAGGUCUUUUAACUGGUGGGGCCUUAACAUUAUCAGGAUGGUGGACUAUAAAAUACAAUCCUGUUUGUAAUCUAAAGAUAUAUUUCACUUUUGUUCUGCUUAAUCUUUUCAUAAAGGGUUAAAAAAAUGUGUUUGCUGCCUUGCUCCCAGCAGACAGAAACUGGAUUAAGACAAUUUUUUUUUCCCUAUUUAGAACUUUUUGGGCAUGGCUCAUAGCUUGAAGAUCAGGAAAAACACAUUCUCACUAAAUCUUCACCAGUAAUGUAUGAAGGAAUCAUUCCAGUGCUGGAAAAUUUAGCCCUUUAAAAUGUCUUAGAGCCAUUUAUAUGCAGAACAUCGAUAUGUGUGUUACUCUACAGAAUAAAUUCAAUAUUACUGAUUUUAAAGGCAGAGAAGUUCUCAAAGUUAAUUCACCUAUGUUAUCUUGUGUGUGAGUUGUUAUUGUUGAACAUACUUUAUUCCAAAAUAUUGUGCCAUGUGGGUGAGUUAAUUUUACCAAGAGCAACUUUACUCUGUGUUUAAAAAAUAAGAUAGUAAUGUAUUAUAACCUUUUAUCCAAAAUAUUUUUUUGCAAGUUAAACUAGUGAAGAUGAUUUCAAUUCAGAUUGUCUCGCAACUUCAGUUUUAUUUUUGCCAAGGCAAAACACUAAUUUGUGUAUAUUGAGAAUUCCUUAAAAAUUAUCAGACAAAGGAAUAUCAUUUAAAAUUACAUUUGUUAUCUUUGUUGGAUAACUAUUUAUCAAGAAAUAUACUUUUGCCCUAUUAAACAAUAGGUGUAUUCUGUAUUUCUAGGCACAAGGUUGGUUACUAAAAAGCCUAGAAGAAGAAUUUCUUUCCUUCAUUAACAUAGGGAAAGGUUUUGUAUUUUUAAAAACACUAAAAGCAGUGUCACUCCACCUGAUAUCUCACCAUUCUGCAAAGGUGGCAAUGCUUAAUCUAAGUAAUGAGUAUUUUGGAAACUGCUAAAUUCUAUGUUAAAUACUGUGCAGAAUAAUGGAAACAUUACCAUUCAUAAUAGGUAGUUUGGAUAUUUUUGUACUUGAUUUGAUGUGUGACUUUUUUUUCAUAUGCUGUUUAAAUCAUGUAUGUUAUGACAUCGUUUAAAAUUCAGUUUUUGUAUCUUGGGGCAAGACUGCAAACUUUUUUAUACCUUUUGGUUAUUCUAAGCCCUUUGCCAUCAAUGAUCAUAUCAAUUGGCAGUGACUUUGUAUAGAAAAUAUAAGUAGAAAAAUUGCAAGUGUAUUGACUGUACCACAGACACAAUAUGUAUGCUUUUUACUUAGCUAGUAGCAUAAAUAAAACUGAAUCUCAACAUGCAAAGUUGAAUUCUAGGUUUGAUUUUUAAGUUUUUUUUUUUCUUUUGCACUUUUGAGUCCAACCUCAGUGGUGAGACACCUUCUACUAAAUGACAGGCAACAGCCAGUACUAUUGGGCAGCAUUGGUUUUUUUUUCUCCCACUCUACCAGGACUUCCCUAUGGACAUUACGUAUCAAGUAUAGGGUUGGUUUUUUUUUUUUUUUUUAACUUUUAUGUUAAUGUAGCAAAACUAGGCCUGAUUAUAAGAUAGUUUGUCUACAGGAUAAAUAGUAUGAAAUAAAGUCAAGGAUUAUCUUUCACAUGUUUUUUCUUUUUUCGUGGCGGGCCUUUCUAAGUGUAGUAAGAUUAUUUCAGAUGUGUUACAAGUUUGAGAAAUGAGAAACACUUAAUGCAUGAUAGUCAUCCUUAUAUCGACUUAAGUGAGCAAAUCUACUGCCUUGCUUAGGUCUUAGUAAGACCAUUCUAGAAACCACUGAAUUUGCUUAUUGCUGUGAUUUAAACAGAUCUUGAUCCAGGCUACAUGUCUUUGGUUUUUUAAAAUAACACAUCUACCAACUCAUUUAUAUUCUUUAAGUACUUACAGAUUCUUCUGUUAAAGACUUAAUUUUUAUUGGUAAAAAUUUGGUGAUUCUAAGUUUUAUUGACUUUUUUUUUUAAAGAUAUCUUCAUUCUCUAGAAAUUUUUGAAUUUAGGUUCAUUUUACAAUGAAUGAAGAAUAGGAUUGAGAGGAGAGAGUUAUAGAAUAACAGAUUUUUAAAAUCCAGGUUAUUUGAUUAGAACCAUAAGCAUGCUAUGCUAUAAUCCAUUGCCUCCUUUUCUACUUUAAGGAAGGUUUACAUGUUUAAUCAUCUGGGGAAAGUAUUGUGGAAAAUAUUUACUAAGAAGUUUUGUCUUUGAGGCCAAGCUACUCGCCUUGGUUUCUUUCUACAAAGAGCCAUAAAAAUACUACAAGUACAUAGAAGUACUUCUAGUUAUUAAUUACCUUGUAUUUGUGCCUGGAUUCAGUCACAUGGUUUUGAGAAAACAUCUAGUAUAUAAUCUGUUACUUUUGAGGAUUUAGUUGUUAAACAGUACUUCCAUUUCUUAGAGGUAGUAAUCUUUGAUCAGUAAGACUAAAAGAACCACUAGGUUUAAGGUUGUAUGGCUAUUUUAAGGGUAGUAUGAUUUCUGCAGUUCUUAGAAUCUGAUUGUGAGGAUAUGGUUUUCAUUGGCUUUUCUCCAGCUAGUUCAUAUCUCAGAGACCCAAAAAUUUGAAUUUCAGUGAAAGCUGAGUAAGAGAUGAUCCAGUAUGAGGCCCAUUCCACUUUUGUCUAGUGCCUUUCAGUGCAUUAUCAAAGGGAAAUCCUUUAAUCCAAAAUAAUGUUGCCUUUCUUUUCCAGGGAGUAGAUUCUGUUGUGGGAUACCGUAUAUCUCAUUUUUUAUAGUAUACUACCCCUGGUAUACAAAGAUAAUGAUAAUAAAUCACUGCCAUAUAACCUUGUUUUUCCAGAAGCAUGGCUCAUUUGUAUUGACCUAAGCACUAAAUAGGUUGUCUGUCCCAUUCCUCCUGUGAACAUUGUAGGUUUAUAAGUUGGAUGGCCUGGCUUAGGGAAAACCAUACUCAAAAUACUCAAAUAAACUGAACAUAUAUUAGGUGUAUUUAAAGUUAAAAAUCGACUUUUAUGAAGAAGGGUGUGGUGUAAAGAGGGGAUAUUUGUAAAAGAACAUUUGAAGGCAAAAUGUCCUGUCUUCCAGAUGAUACAUAUUUUAAAAGUUAUUGUAGUUGUCUUUUUGACAUGCCCAUCUGGAGAAGGGAAUUUUUAUGUUUUCCCAUGGUACUCCUUAAGUAUAUGUGGAGGUUAAGAACUAUAUGGUGAAGUAUUUCUAUUCCUGAUUUGAUGGUAACUAGUUAAUAGUUACUAACUAUUAUGCAAAAUUAGAUUAGUUCAGAACCCUUUUGAGAGUCUUUUGGAAGAAGCAGUUUUAUUCUAAGACAGAAUCCUUUUUUCUAUAGUUUGCUCCCUCCAUCAUUGAGUGAUUUUACUGGCAUUUUAUUUAAUGAUAGCAGAUUGGGAAAAUGGUGAGUUUUAUAGGUCGCUGAGGUAAAUGAGUAUAUGAAAGCAGUUACUGGUAAAGUCAGUUAACAGCUCUUUCAUAGGUGUGUUUGGCUAAGACUAGCAGAUAAUAGCAUGAAGAAAUGCUUUUUUUAUUCCUUACUAAAGGCAGAACCCAUCUUGUUGCAGAUAGCUAUCUGUAAAUAAUAGCCUAAAUCGUCCUUUGCAAGAUUAUAGAAAAUAGGAUAUGAGAAUCUUGUGUGCAACCUUUUCAUUUUUUUUCCAUGACAACUAGAUAAUUUCUUUUCUCCUAAGAUAUAUCAGGAAGGAUGUAAAAAGUUAGUGGCCUUACUCAUAGCAUCCUCAGGCCCAGUCUUGUUUUUAAGCACUUGUCCUAUUGUUGCUAGGUUGUUUAUCGUAUUUAUCUGGUAUCACUGUGGAAUGGACUUUUCUGCAUAAUCCAAACUUGCCUUAUUUAAGCAGCAAAACUUUUUUUACAUUGGCCAUUUUUGGGGAUGGAGUUAUUUAAUAUGUGUACAGAAUGUACUAGAUACACUUUCUUUUAUGCCUCCUGUCUUAUAGACUUCAGGGGCUAAGACAGGUGGGACUGUUUUGUCUUCACUAAAUGGUCACAGACUGCAAUGGUUUGGAAUAUCUGAAUUUGUUAUACACACACACACACACACACACACACACACACACACACACACACACACACACACACACACACCCCUUAAUAACAGCAACCACUUCCUAUGUUAUUAGCAUACCUCUUCUUAGUUUCUUCUUUCCUUUCUCAUUCAUUUUCCCAACUGCUUGGGCAAGGAAACCAGAUAACCAUACUUAUUAGAACUUUCUUUAAAAUACAAGGGCAAACUGGGACAGGACCCAAGAAACUUCCCUGUAAAAUAUUGAAAAACACCUCAAUGCUUUAUCAUUUGAUCUCAAUUUGACUGCUUAAUGUGCUUCCUGAUUCUUGCUGAGUUUCAGUUAGUUGAGAUAGCGUGAAAUGAGUCAUAUUCAUAUUUUUUCCCCUUUGAAAGGUUUUGUUGCUCCUACCUGAAUGCUGCUCAAAUAAAAACUGGGGUUACAAAGGUUGGUUGCUAAAUUUGCGUCAGUAGCUAGAGGCCAUCCCAUUGCCUAGAGGACACCAGCACACACACAAAAAGAACAACUGCAAAAAAAACAAAAACCCUUGGAAAAUGAAAGGGUCGUUUUUUGUUUUGUUUUGGUGUCCCCUUUUUGAGUCUUCUGGCUUUCCUCCUCUACGGAUAUUUUUGACCUAUAUUUUUGACCUAUAGGUGCCUUUAUUAAAAUUGAGGGUCUGAUAUCCCGCCCCAAGGAGUAGCUAAAGUAAUUGCUGAUGUUUUCAGGGAUUUUGACAUCAGACUUGAAUGAGUGAAUGAAUCUUUUUUUCUUCUCCUUUCAUCUUUUUUUUUUUUUUUAAUGUAGGAAGAGCUAAGGAGAAAACUCUAUUGAAGACAGUCAUUUCUCUUUAUUGAUAAAGUUUUUACAGUUUAUUUCAGAUGCUUUCUCACUAGGUCACAGAACCAGUGUUUUUGUUGGUUUUUUUUUUUUUUUUUUGUCUUUUUGCCAUUUCUUGGGCUGUUCCCACGGCAUAUGGAGGUUCCCAGGCUAGGGGUCUAAUCGGAGCUGUAGCUGCUAGCCUACACCAGAGCCACAGCAAUGUGGGAUCUGAGCCAAGUCUGUGACCUACACCACAGCUCACGGCAACACCGGAUCCUUAGCCCACUGAGCAAGGCCAGGGAUCGAACCCGCAGCCUCAGCGUUCCUAGUCGGAGUCGUUAACCACUGAGCCACGACGGGAACUCCAGAACCAGUGUUUUUUUGUUUGUUUGUUUGCUUAUGGCCACACCCAUGACAUAUGGAAGUCCCUGGGCCAGGGAUUGAAUCUGAACCACAGCUGCGGCAACACUAGAUACUUUAACCCACUGUGCUGGGCAGGGGAUUGAACCCUGUGAACCCUGGCCUCCACAGUGACCUGAGCUGCUGCAGUCGGGAUUCCUAACCCACUGUACCAUUAAUAGCGAGAACUUCCAGAACCAGUGUACUUGUUCAGUCUGACAUUAGUGACUCUGGGCUGGGGCCAGACAGAUGUACUUUCUAGUUUGUGCUCUGCCACUAAUUUGAUACGUGACCUUGGGCAAGUCAUUUACCUUCUUUGGGCCUCAGUUGCCUCAUGUGCAAAGUGAAGGAGCUGGACUAGAUGAGUUCUUCUAGCUCUGAAGUUUAAGUGACCUUGCCUACCUUGCAGCAGUUUUUUAUUUCUUCCUUACCUUUGGUCUGCUGUUUGAGGGGGCUUUUUACUUAUUUCUGCAUUAUUCAAAUGAGGCCGGGCUUGAUAUUUUAUUAGUCUUCUGUGGACAAGAAGUUACAUAAUAUAUCCUUAAGAGGUAAAUUCUGCCAAAGGCCUAGCACCACCUUGGGGGCUGCAAUAAAUACUUUAAAGAAAAAUUUUAAAAAAAGCCUUCAUUUUAUUUUCUUAUUGUCUCUAUUCAAGGUGUAUUAAGGCUUUUUUUGAGUCAUGAUAUUCUCCCUUUUGGGUUGGUAUGUGUGUGACACCAUCCUCUUAAGUGCUGUGUGCUGGUAAAUUUUUUUCUAACUAAAAUGGACUGAAAACUUACUGUAAAUACCUAAUGAUAUUAGAGGUCAUUGCUUUGGGUCUUUGGUUUCUUAACUCUUCCGUGCUCAAAACAGGGAAAUUCCCUUGGACUCUAUCAAUUAAAAUGGUUUAUAUGACUCAAGAAAAAAAAAAAAAAUACCAGUGGAUGAUUAUUCACUUUAUUUUUGGCUCUUUUUAGGUCCAUUUUGAUUAGAAGACUUUUGGCUGGAGCAUUCCUUUGAGAGUUCUCUUCCAGCCUAUCCUUGAAUGAGUAUAAUUAAUGGACUUGGCUUUUUCAAGGACCUUGAGAGCCUUCUUAGGGGGAGGUCAAGAGUAGGGGGUUGCGGAGUCCUGGUAGAGGCCAGCUCUGUGAUAGCUGGAAAGAAAGGGAGGAAACCAGUUGCUCUUGCUAUGGUUGCUUGUCAUUGAUAGAAGGACUCAUGGGCUUGGAUUGGUUUAAAGGCUAAACACGGAGUUGCAAAGUUCUUCCAAGUAUUAGGUUCUGGCCAAACUUGUGGAAGUUUGUAGAUGAUGAAGACCUGGUGGGCUGCAGAACCAUUUUGAGGAGGUGACUAAGGGUCACCUCCCCUUUGUUUUUUCCCCUGAAGUCAGAGGAAUGCAGCUAUGCCAAAACUCAGAGAAGAGCCACACUUAGCUUCUGCUUUGGGGAAAACUGGUCAGCUAAAGCUCUGGUAGUUCCUUUGUGGCUUUCUGUAUACUUUUGCCUGGUUGAAGUCUGUGGCUAAAGAAGAAUUGAACCUUUCCUGAGAAUUCUGUAACAAAAUAUGUUUUCGAUUAAAAGAGGAAGCCAAUUAAA